CGGCUCCUGUGCGAUUCAGGGUUUAAUUCUGGCGCUUGCCGGCCGGAGCCGACUCCGCCCCCUGCAUCCCGCCCCUCCCCGAGCUCCGGGUUCCCGGCGGAGCGAGCGAACUGCCGGCAGGUUGGGAGGAGCGGCUGAAGGAGGCAGGUGGUGACGUUCGCCCUGUGAUUUAGGAGAAUAAGCAGCAAAGGUUGGACUGGUUUCCCUGCUCCCCUGGCUGCUGUUUCUCCAUUAGAACUGGAACUCGGGAUUUCACAAGGACCCUUUGGAAACAGCGCGGUGAAUGAAGCCUUUCUUGGAGAACACAAAAGUAGGAAUUCUGAUUUUAUUUUGUGAUCUUAAUCACUUUACAAUCAUAAAAAUUUUGGAGCUAAUGAGAAACCUGAAAAAUUCUGAAGUCUUCAAGGAGUGUGAUCCUGGUGCUGUCUCUCAGGCGUUUCUCCGAGAGAACGGGAUGGCCGAGCAAUGACUGUUCCCCAGCCCACAGGGUCUUGUUCUGUCGCCUGGGCUAGAGUGCAGUGGUGCGAUCACAGCUCACUGCAGCAUUGAACCCCUGGACUCAAGUGAUCCUUUUGCCUCAGCCUCCCAGUGUCCUUGCUGGCCUUGAAAAAUGAGUUUGGAGGGGUUGAUUCCAUCCUCUUCAGUUGUUGGAAAGAGUUUGAGAAGGAAUGAUGGUCACUAUACUGGAUGGACUUCUGAACUAGUGAAUUACUUUCAUCUUUUGAUCACACUAGGAAAUUGUCCACGGAGUUGAAAUAUUUAUUACAGUAAUUUCUGGCCUUACAUAAUUAAGGUUGAAUGCCUUUGAGAACUUGAUGCAUAAAAUUUGCAUGACUCCUCACUCCUUUCUGGAUCUGUCAUUGGACUCAAGCCAGCAUGGCUCACACCACAAAGGUUAACGGCAGUGCCUCAGGAAAAGCAGAUGAUAUUCUGAAUGGAGACCAGGACAAGGAACAGAAAGACCCUUACUUUGUGGAGACCCCCUAUGGUUAUCAACUAGACUUAGAUUUCCUCAAAUAUGUGGAUGACAUACAGAAGGGAAACACCAUCAAAAGACUGAACAUCCAGAAGAGGCGGAAGCCAUCUGUGCCAUGCCCAGAACCCAGGACCACAUCUGGUCAGCAAGGUGUAUGGACUUCCACCGAAUCCCUCUCAUCCUCCAACAGUGAUGACAACAAGCAGUGCCCCAACUUCCUCCUAGCCAGAAGUCAAGUUACAUCAACUCCAAUCCCAAAGCCACCUGCCCCUCUGGAGACCUCACUCCCUUUUCUUACCAUCCCAGAAAAUCGACAGCUGCCACCUCCCUCACCACAACUCCCAAAGCAUAACGUUCAUGUCACCAAGACACUGAUGGAGACCCGGAGAAGACUGGAACAGGAAAGAGCCACCAUGCAGAUGACACCGGGUGAGUUCAGAAGGCCCAGGCUGGCCAGUUUUGGAGGCAUGGGCUCCACAAGCUCCCUCCCCUCUUUUGUGGGUUCUGGAAACCACAAUCCUGCCAUGCACCAGCUUCAGAAUGGAUACCAAGGUAAUGGGGAUUAUGGUAGCUAUGCCCCAGCUGCUCCCACCACUUCCUCCAUGGGGAGCUCCAUCCGCCAUAGCCCCCUGAGCUCAGGGAUCUCCACCCCAGUGACCAACGUGAGCCCCAUGCACCUGCAGCACAUCCGCGAGCAGAUGGCCAUUGCUCUGAAACGCCUGAAGGAGCUGGAGGAGCAGGUGCGAACCAUCCCUGUGCUCCAGGUAAAGAUCUCUGUCUUGCAAGAAGAGAAAAGGCAGUUGGCCUCACAGCUGAAAAACCAAAGGGCUGCAUCCCAGCACAAUGUCUGUGGUGUGAGGAAGCGGUCCUACAGCGCAGGGAACGCCUCCCAGCUGGAACAGCUCUCCCGGGCCCGAAGAAAUGGUGGGGAAUUAUACAUUGACUAUGAGGAGGAAGAAAUGGAGAGCGUAGAACAGAGCACACAGAGGAUAAAGGAAUUCCGGCAGCUUACAGCAGACAUGCAAGCCCUGGAGCAGAAGAUCCAGGACAGCAGCUGUGAGGCCUCCUCAGAGCUCAGGGAGAAUGGCGAGUGCCGGUCUGUGGCUGUGGGUGCUGAGGAGAACAUGAACGACAUCGUCGUGUACCACAGAGGCUCCAGGUCCUGUAAGGAUGCAGCUGUAGGGACACUUAUUGAGAUGAGAAAUUGUGGGGUCAGCGUGACAGAGGCCAUGCUUGGAGUGAUGACUGAAGCUGACAAAGAAAUUGAGCUGCAACAGCAGACCAUAGAAGCCUUGAAGGAAAAGAUCUAUCGCCUAGAAGUACAGCUUAGAGAAACCACCCAUGACCGGGAGAUGACUAAACUAAAACAAGAGCUGCAGGCUGCUGGAUCAAGGAAAAAGGUUGACAAAGCCACGAUGGCCCAGCCACUUGUUUUCAGUAAGGUGGUGGAGGCAGUGGUGCAGACCAGAGACCAAAUGGUCGGCAGUCACACGGACCUAGUGGACACGUGUGUUGGGACCUCCGUGGAAACAAACAGUGUAGGCAUCUCCUGCCAGCCCGAAUGUAAGAAUAAAGUUGUAGGGCCUGAGCUGCCUAUGAAUUGGUGGAUUGUUAAGGAGAGGGUGGAAACGCACGACCGAUGUGCUGGGAGGUCUGUGGAAAUGUGUGACAGGAGUGUGAGUGUGGAAGUCAGCGUCUGCGAAACAGGCAGCAACACAGAGGAGUCUGUGAACGACCUCACACUCCUCAAGACAAACUUGAAUCUCAAAGAAGUGCGGUCUAUCGGCUGUGGAGAUUGUUCUGUUGAUGUGACUGUCUGCUCUCCAAAGGAGUGCGCCUCCCGGGGCGUGAACACUGAGGCUGUUGGCCAGGUGGAAGUUGCCAUCAUGGCAGUGCCUCGUACUGCAGACCAGGACACUAGCACGGAUUUGGAACAGGUGCACCGGUUCACCAACACCGAGACGGCCGCCCUCAUAGAGUCCUGCACUAACACUUGCCUAAGCACUUUGGACAAGCAGACCAGCACCCAGACUGUGGAGACACGGACAGUAGCUGUAGGAGAAGGCCGUGUCAAGGACAUCAACUCCUCCACCAAGACGCGGUCCAUUGGUGUUGGAACGUUGCUUUCUGGCCAUUCUGGGCUUGACAGGCCAUCAGCUGUGAAGACCAAAGAGUCAGGCGUGGGGCAGAUAAAUAUUAAUGACAACUAUCUGGUUGGUCUCAAAAUGAGGACCAUAGCUUGUGGGCCACCACAGUUGACUGUGGGGCUGACAGCCAGCAGAAGGAGCGUGGGGGUUGGGGAUGACCCUGUAGGGGAGUCUCUGGAGAACCCCCAGCCCCAGGCUCCACCUGGAGUGAUGACUGGCCUGGAUCACUACAUUGAGCGCAUCCAGAAGCUGCUGGCAGAACAGCAGACACUGCUGGCUGAGAACUAUAGUGAACUGGCAGAAGCUUUCGGGGAACCUCACUCACAGAUUGGCUCCCUCAACUCUCAGCUCAUCAGCACCCUGUCGUCUAUCAACUCUGUCAUGAAAUCUGCAAGCACUGAAGAGCUGAGGAACCCUGACUUGCAGAAAACCAGUCUGGGUAAAAUCACAGGCAAUUAUUUGGGAUAUACCUGUAAGUGUGGAGGCCUUCAGUCAGGAAGUCCCUUAAGCUCCCAGACAUCCCAGCCUGAGCAAGAAGUGGGGACCUCAGAAGGAAAGCCAAUCAGCAGCCUGGAUGCCUUCCCCACUCAGGAAGGUACACUGUCUCCAGUGAACCUGACAGACGACCAGAUCGCCGCUGGCCUCUAUGCAUGUACAAACAAUGAAAGUACACUGAAGUCCAUCAUGAAGAAGAAAGAUGGUAACAAAGAUUCAAAUGGCGCAAAAAAGAAUCUUCAGUUUGUUGGCAUUAAUGGAGGGUAUGAAACAACUUCAAGUGAUGAUUCCAGCUCAGAUGAAAGCUCUUCUUCCGAGUCAGAUGACGAGUGUGAUGUCAUUGAGUAUCCUCUUGAAGAAGAGGAAGAGGAGGAGGAUGAAGACACUCGGGGAAUGGCAGAAGGGCACCAUGCAGUUAAUAUUGAAGGUUUCAAGUCUGCCAGGGUGGAAGAUGAAAUGCAGGUUCAAGAAUGUGAACCUGAGAAGGUGGAAAUCAGAGAGAGGUAUGAAUUAAGUGAAAAGAUGUUGUCUGCAUGCAACUUACUGAAAAAUACCAUAAAUGACCCCAAAGCUUUGACCAGCAAAGAUAUGAGGUUCUGUCUGAACACCCUCCAGCACGAGUGGUUCCGCGUGUCCAGUCAGAAGUCAGCCAUUCCAGCCAUGGUGGGGGACUACAUAGCUGCUUUUGAGGCCAUCUCCCCAGAUGUCCUCCGCUAUGUCAUCAACUUGGCAGACGGCAACGGCAACACAGCCCUGCAUUACAGCGUGUCCCACUCCAACUUCGAGAUUGUGAAGCUCCUGUUGGAUGCUGAUGUGUGUAAUGUGGAUCAUCAGAACAAGGCAGGCUACACCCCCAUCAUGCUGGCGGCCCUCGCCGCUGUGGACGCAGAGAAGGACAUGCGGGUUGUGGAAGAACUCUUUGGCUGUGGGGAUGUGAAUGCCAAAGCUAGUCAGGCGGGACAGACGGCCCUCAUGCUGGCGGUCAGUCACGGGCGGAUAGACAUGGUGAAGGGCCUGCUGGCCUGUGGGGCUGACGUCAACAUCCAGGAUGACGAGGGCUCCACGGCCCUCAUGUGUGCCAGCGAGCAUGGGCACGUAGAGAUUGUCAAGCUGCUGCUGGCCCAGCCCGGCUGCAACGGUCACCUGGAGGACAACGAUGGCAGCACUGCACUCUCGAUCGCCCUGGAAGCAGGACACAAGGACAUCGCUGUUCUUCUAUAUGCCCAUGUCAACUUUGCAAAAGCCCAGUCUCCGGGCACCCCUAGGCUUGGAAGGAAGACGUCUCCUGGCCCCACCCACCGAGGUUCAUUUGAUUGAUUGUAUGCAAAUAACCCUCCAUUUACAUGCCACCAUUAAGCUGCUAAUUGUUCCUGUUGGGAUGACAGAUACUGAAUGUGUAUGUAUUGUGCCUGAGCUCACCAGCAAACAGAAGCAUCAAGCCCAGGGGUAAAGGCUGAAGCUUUCACAGUGCAGAGAAUGCCAGCCUGGGCACGCGCACCUCCUUUCUGGCCAUCUUCUGUGUAGGGCACACUUUAACCCAGUCUCUGUUGCUGUUGAGUCUCUGCUGCAUCUUGUACAGUCAUAGGGAAUUCUGAUCUGAAGGGGCACCUUCUGUUCACUCCCACAAAGAAGUGUCAGGUUCUCACAGAUGUUUGAAGAUUUUUCCACAAAUAUUUAUAUUUACUAAAUGUGGAACCAUUAGAAAGCUCUUCCAAAAUCUCAUUCCAGCAUAGUUUUGGAUUUUUCUUUUGUCUUCUUUUAAAAUAAGGAAGUCGAGAUGAAUUUGAUCAUCGGUAACUUGGGCCUGGGCUAGACAAAACUGAAAGUGUGAAACUUACAAAAGAAUAUUCUCAUUUGGUUUUAGCUGGGUAGAUGUAAUAUGUGACUUUUUAUAAAAAGGGUUAUCUAUAUGAAAUUGACACAGUAUUUUAAACUUUUAUAUUCCAUACUAAAGACAUGAAGAACUACAUGUAACGUUAUCAUUUUUAUUAAUUGCACAACUCUAAUGAUAAAGGUUGGAUUGUGUUAGAGGAAUUGGCUCUGUAUUUGCCUGUAGAGAAACACAGUGUAGUUCUCGUUGUAUUUAUGGAUUCCUUUAUACCGUGUCACAUUGACUUUGGUCCUCUAUGUAUUUAAAUGUUUGAAGUGCCUUAGACUCUUGCCAUAUUUUCAAAAUAAAAUUUCAUUAAGCUCU